GACGCAUGGUCUCAGGGUGAUCUUGCCAUAAAACGUAACCAAACGGCCGGAUCUGUCUUCUCUUACAACCUGUAGCUUUUUCUUAUCGAUCACUUAUUGUUCCUGGCUAUUUCAAAGUCGAAGCUGUGCAUACUAGUCAAUCCUUUACAGCUGAAACUCAUCCGUCCGAAAUCGACGAAUCGAAUUCCGCGUACUCCUUCUACUAUCUUCCAACGGACAACACUGCUUCAAAAUGACGUCCAAACUUGACGGGUUGAGUUUCCAAGAUAGCAGGACUCCGAAUCAUUGGAGCGAAAUUCCACUACAUGACCAACUUCCCCAGGCUGCAAACCAAGAUGCUGUCUUGGACACAUUUGACGAGACGUUCAGGGUUGAGUUUGAAGGCGACCAUGAUCCCUUUUCUCCAAGGAACAUGCCGCUCCUCAACAAGUGGUUGAUCGUGAUGGUCGUAUGUACAGCAACUAUAUGUGUAACCUGCACCAGUUCAAUCUACACGACUACAUACACCCAACUCGAGCGCGACUUUUCCGCAACGAGGAUAUCAUCUGUUCUCGGUCUUUCUACGUUCGUGCUGGGCAUAGCUUUCGGGCCCCUGCUUACUGGCCCAUUGAGUGAGCAUUACGGACGAAGGUUAAUCUACCUUGUCUCGUGGUCUAUGUUUGUAAUUUGGACCAUUCCAUCAGCUCUUGCGCAAAAUAUGCUCACUCUCAUCAUCACUCGCUUCUUCAACGGGUUCUUCGGGAGUGCCUUUCUCUCCGUUGCCGGUGGCACGGUUGGGGAUAUCUUCUCAAGGGACCAAUUGCAAAGACCAAUGGUCUUAGUGUCAUUGGCGCCCUUCAUAGGUCCCUCAAUUGGUCCUCUGCUGGGUGGAUUUAUCAACUCGUAUCUUCAUUGGAGAUGGACCUACUACCUCAUCCUUGUAUGGGCUACUAUAUUGCUCAUUGGUGUUGCUUUCGUUCCAGAGACAUUUCAUCCCAUUGUCUUGAGGAUCAAGGCUCGAAAGCUUAGAAGCGAAACAGGUGACGAUCGCUAUUGGGUAUCGUGCGGGCAAAUGAACAAGACGAGGUGGAAAACCGUUGCACUUACGCUGAUGCGUCCGUUUCAACUAUUUUUUCUCGAACCAAUGUGCUUGUGUUUGAAUCUUUACUCGGCCACCUUGUUGGGAAUUCUAUAUCUCUUCUUUGGAACUCUGCCUCAGAUAUUUCGGACAAACCAUGGCAUGAAUCUCUGGCAAAGUGGCCUUACCUUCCUCGGUAUUAUUGCUGGCAUGAUUGUCGCAGCAGCGACCAACCCGGUCUGGAUCCGCAUUCGGUUCUGGCUGCUGGACAAGCACAAAGGAACGCGGGCAUACGGACACAGUCAUCCUGAAUAUCAAUUACCACCCGCCAUUGCCGGUGGCGCCUUGAUACCCAUAGGUCUUUUUUGGUUUGCAUGGACUACGCAAGGAAAUGUCCAUUGGCUAGUACCAGUUAUGGGUUCCUCGCUAUUUGGUUGUGGCGUUAUAUUAGUCUUCAACGGGAUAUUUACAUUUCUGGUAGAGGCGUAUAGCAAUUAUGCUGCUUCAGCGCUUGCAUCGAAUAGUUUUGCAAGAGCCUCUAUCGCAGCUGCAUUCCCUCUGAUACAGCUCCCGAUGUAUGACAAAUUAGGCUAUCAUUGGGGUACGAGUGUGCUGGCGUUCAUGACAGUUGCCAUGAUGCCUUUUCCCUGGCUUUUCUUCAAGUACGGUAAGAGUCUACGAAGGAAAAGUCGGUUUGCAUCAUGAUGAGUCGAGGACAUGUCAAGGCUUCGUGAAAACCUUGUUAGC